AUGAUAGUGGAUACAAUAAUUAUGGAACUUGAAAAAAUCAUGAAUCAUUUAAAUGUAGCAUGAAAUCUUUAAAAUAAGCACCUCCAGUCUGUCAUUUUUUGCAAGGGUAAUGAAUGUACCUCAUGUCCACAUCAUUUAAAAAGUUUUAUUCAUUAUUGUACUCAUUUAAAAUCUAGGAGUGAUUAUUGUACUGAUAGCUCGUCAAUUAUAUUAUUAGGAUUAUAUUAUUGAAAUUAACUUGUUUGGUAAAUGGGAAAUGGAUACAAUUUUGAGAGGAUUUUAACCAAAUUACAGUUUUUUUUACGAAACAAAGGAAUAUCAAAUAGAAGCAUUUCGAUUGGAUAUCAAACAUGACAGUCAUUGUAAAAUAGAAUAAAAUUGAAAAACAAAAAGUUUGAAUUGAGCAAAAAAGGGAAAUUCAGAGUGCUUAAACUACAUAGAAGAAGUCUUGUAUGAUAUCAAAAUAAUUGAAAACUUAAAGCAUGUUUGAGAGAAGACACCUUAAAACACUUGGAGCAAUACUUGUUGCAAGCUCUCUAUCAAACAUUAUCACGAUUGUCAUGAUUACAUCCGAGGUGCCUUCAAAAACUUCAAACCAGAGGGCGCUACAGGGGUAUCAUUGUGAUGACGCCCCAUCUGAGGAAAUAAAGGGGCACAGACAUUGUAAUGUGUAUGAUGUCACAAACGAGUGCUCCGAGUGGUUUCCUUGUAUCUUGAUGAAUACCACUGAGUCGCCAUCUAUCUGUGUCUAUACAAUGAAUCGCGACAAUGUCAUAUCGGCAUGGCUCGCAAAACGUGGAAUAUGGGAACAGCAUGUCAUUUUUAAGAUUCUGGAUAUCCUUCGGUCUAACAAAGAAUAUGGAUUCAUCGAUCUUGGCGCUAAUUUAGGUACACACACUAUCCCAGCUGCAUCACUAAAGCGAAAGGUCAUCGCCGUGGAGCCAUAUUACGACAAUGUCCUGCGGCUUCAUAAAUCAGUUCGAAUGAAUAACUUAGAAGGUUAUGUCACGGUUCUGUUGAAUGCAAUAUAUGACAAACGCACAAAUAUAUCAUUUAUUGAAAAUAAGAAUAGCAACAUGGGGAGCACCCAGGUGAGAGAGACAGUCCAGUAUGAGAUCUCCCCUGAAAAGAUUAAAAAACAUGAAAUAGUUGAGACUAUAUAUGUGGACGAUCUUUUGGAAGUUGUUGAUUUUAAAGCGGGAGUUAUGAAGAUUGAUAUUGAGAAUUGCGAAUGUGAAGCUUUUGAGGAAGCUUCCGAGUUGUUCAAUACAGUUUCCCUGGCCUAUGUAUUCAUGGAGUGGCCAGGAGAAUGGAUGGGGUAUGUUGAAUGGAAUCGAGUCCAAGGUAAAUGUGAUUUAAAAAACAUUGUACAGUUUUUCACAAGCCGUGGUUAUGAACCAUUUCGAACUUUAGACGAUACACAGCUUCCUGUCCAAACAUGGAAGAUCUGGGCCCCGCAACAGUAUAAUAAAGAAGUUGAUAUUUACUGGAAGCUUAACCCUGCUAAAGCCAAGACACACAAACAUGUUGUAAAUGAGGUUGACGAUGCAUUGGAAGAUGUAAAUGAUGAUUCCUAUGUAAAUAGUGAAGAUAUAGAGGAGUCAGCUGAGGAUGGUGUUUACAUAGCUGAAGAAACUGAAAGUGCAGAAACUGUAGAUGUGGAACAAUUGUAGUUUCAUGUUGAACAAUUGCAGUUUCA